CUAUAACAGUGCCUCACGUGUAGCCGCACGGGCUGACUAGUAUAGAGCGAGGAAAAGGAAGAGUAGAUAUAACUACCUGAUUGCAAUUCUACAGUUUGCUACUCCCACACAUUGUUGCUACUGCUACCCCCGAUCGUUCUAAUACCAUGCAAAGAGAAAACAUUAAUGGUGGAAGUGCGUCCCGAAGACAACCGCUUAUUAAUUACACUCUACCAUUUUUGUCAUAUCCAUCACGGACGAUCAAAUAUAUUCUUCAUUUAAAUUGUAUUUUCCUUUUACAUAAAGUUUAGCUUUUUUUUACACUAUAAUUUUCUUCCUUCUAUCCGAAAAACUUAAUACGAAAAUUGUGGGCUUGCUUAAAGAUCUUCCAGCUUGGAGGAUACGCCAUCUUUUCAAACAAGCCUCGAUCUUUCAAACCAGUUCGAGUUUGAGGAAAUAUUUAUAUAUUACUAAAUGCUAAUAUCUGGAUAUUUUACACUCAUUCUCUCGGAUUAUAAUUACCAUUUCACUAUUACCUCUUUAUUAUCAUUUUUUAACUACAAUUAUAUCAAUAUGUAUCCAUAAACGCAACCACCUAACGGAUCUAUAACAUACUGUUUAUAAAGCCGAUCAGCCCAACUGGUCGGAAGUUUUGCCAUGGCACAGAUAAGUUCUCUCUAUGAUUCGGCCCAUGAAUCGACACUAAGUUUUUUUAGCUGUCUCCCUGCUUGGUUUGAUUCUGGCACCUACGAAAUUCAACUAUUUACUUAAGUUAUUAUUAAAGAUCUUAUAUCUGUGUUAUCCCAAGUCCAUAUCUACUUUCUCUUCACAAAUAUGGAAGAUACUGUGAGGGGAAGUUCUAGUAGUGUAAGCAUAUCCCUAAGCAGUGAAACUACUGAUGACCAACCAUCAACAAGUGGUUGCAGUAGCAUGCAUGUUACCGGGAAUGAAUUUAGGCAAAUCAAGAAAGAAAAAGUUAAAGCGUAUAUUCAACAAAUUAAAUCUAUGCUUCCUCCAUCAAAAGGACGUGGAAAGAAGACUGGCACCUUGUCUGCUCUUCAACAUGUCAUUGAUAAGUUGAAGAAGUUAAAAGAAAAUAAAGAUGAUUCAAAAUUCAGCUUUGAAGAUAGUGCAACUGAUAGUGUUGACCAUUGCAGUAGCACUGGUACUGUGAGUAAAGAAGCUGAAGAAGAACUACGACCAGGAUCUUUUGUUCUAGCUGUGACUUUGGAUUGCAGAGUGGAUUCAGUACAUGCUUCUCUACUGAAAUUUCUUGGAUAUCCAAAAGAUAGCUGGCGUGGACAUCUUUUAACUAGCUUCACAUCUCGUAAAGAUAUUAUAACAGUGAAUAAUAUGUUAUCAAAAAAUGAAAAUACAUUCAAGCGAUAUGCAGAUUCUGGUGGAGCAGCCAAACAAAAAGAAAAUACCAUAUACUUCCGGCUCAGAUAUUACAAAAAUUUGAACGAUGGCUAUGGCCUGAAGCGACAAGAUAAGUUUUGUGCAUUCCAAGCUAAUGUUACCACACAGAUCUUAGAUACACCUUCAUCAGAAAAGGAUAGGAACAUUUUAGGCAGCUCUAAGAAAACAAAGCAUUUUAUCUUAAGAUGUGUACCACUCCAGUCUGCUUAUAUUGGAUGUUCAAUGCCCAAAGACUUCACUUUUUCAACCACUCAUAAUCUCUAUUGUAACCUUAGCUUAAUUAGUAACAGUGCAAUUACUUUACUGGGUUUCCUGCCUCAGGAUCUAAUAGGCAUGUCUAUAUUUGAACUCUAUCAUCCUGAUGAUUUGACGUACUUACAGACUGUUUAUCAAAAAGUUGUGUCAACCCAAGGGUUCCGUUUUAAGAGUGAGCCCUACCGUUUACGGACACGAAACCAAAGCUGGGUUUAUGUUGAAACUGAAUGGUCAGCUACUCUCAAUCAAUGGUCCAAAAGACUUGAAGAUGUAAAUGGCCAGCACACUGUAGUCAGAAUCCCUGAAAAUCCUAAUGUUUUUGAUGAGGAUACAAACAACUCCUACUCAAAAUUGUCUGAAGAAAGUCAAAUUCAAGGACAGAAAUUGCAACGGAUGAUUCAAGAAAUUCUAUUACAACAGACAACUGAGAAGUCUUUCCUUGUUCCAGCUAGAAAUAAACCACUUAGCAAACAAAAACCUGCUGUUGCAAAAUCUCCACCUUCUCUUGUGGUGAAUAUAUCUACAACAAAAACCUGCAGAUCAGAAGUACAAUCAAAAGAAGGUUUUAUGACAGCGGGUAGUUUUGUUGAUGAUGUAAUAUAUUGUCCGAAUGAUGGCAAUGUUAGUCCAGCUGUAUCACACUCCAGUUCCCCUCCAUUACAAUUUGACUCAGACACAUCCGUUACAUAUGAACAGCUGAACUAUUCCUACAACAUUAGGCGAUUUCUGCUGAGCCAGCCCAAAACAUAUCAUUCUGAUAAUUCAGAUAAAGAAGAUUCAAAACAAGUAAAGUCAGAGAAUUGCAGUGAUUUCUGUGCCGAUACAGAUUUUGUUCCCGUAGAUAUACCUAUUUUGAAUCCACCAAGCUUUGGAAGCAGUACAAAAGUACUUGUUUCUGACCAAGAACCCCGAGAUGCAACCAGUCCACCUGCAGAUGAUUAUUUAGAAGAUUUUAACAUACAUAAAGAACUUUCUAUAUCCACUGCACCACCUUCAGUUUCUUUUGAUGGACAGAGUUUAUAUCAACCAGUCAGUUUAACGCCGGAAGUUUUGCGAAUGCAUACGCAGUUACAGGAGCGCUUAUAUGUGCAGCAAGCUACCAGUGAUUCUAGUCUUUUUGAGUUGGAUCGAGGUCGAAGUUCAGAUAAUAGCAGUAACAGAAAUACUACCCAACACCCUAAUCGGCACAAACUAUCCAGCUCUGAUCAGGAAGAUUAUCCACCUUCUAAAGUACCAAGAUUAGACCAAUCUCAAAUAUACCCUACAAAUAUGCAACAAGCUCAAAUGACAAAUCAGCAACUAAGUUCAUCUCAAAUUUUCAACAAAACACCUCUUCAUCCUCAGUUCUACCGGCCCACAUAUCCUGUAAAUAUGCCUUACUCAAAAUAUCCCACCCAAGUCCAGUUUCCAAAUGUACAAAAUGCCUUCCAGCAAAACUUCCAACAGGCUAUUCCAGUGUUGCAGUAUGAUCCUGCAAUGCAUAUGACAUCUAAUAAUUCCACUCAUAAUGUUAGUUCAAUGAACUACACUCAAAAUACUACAACUGCUUCUAUGCCAACUACAUACUGGCCUUGUUACACACAAACAGGUAUGCCAUUUGUAGCAACACAACUUGUUGGAAGAUUCUAUCAAUCAGUCCCUGGAUUGUUCCAUGCAUUCAAUACUCCUGUUCCAUAUUCACAUAAUACUGCUAAUCUGACCAAAAGUAAAUCUCAAGAAACCAAGAUUACAUCUAGUAGUGGUCCAAAUACAAAUAGAAAAGAGUCAAUGAUGUCAUCAAGGAAUUUACAAGGAGCUCUAAGUAAACAUAACCUCAAAAUUUCUGAAAGCUCCUGCAGUACAACAUCUCAAGAGGAAACUAGUUCAUCCCUCAUGUACCUCCUUGAAACUGGCAGCUGCAACACUAGUUCGCCUUGCCCGGAUAUUUUUAGUGAUCCUGGAAGUGUAAGAAAAAAUAAACGUUUACCUCGUGACCCAUUUUGGCUGCAGAAUACUAACUGGUCUACAAAUAUUCGAAUGAAGUACACUGUACCACAUAAAUCUUUGAAACAUCUUUUAAAAGAAGACAAUGAACGCUUGAACACUUUGUACCAAUCAAAAGUUGUACAAGAACAACUGAAAGAUCUCAAAGUCACUAUCAAUAGUAACAUACCAGUUAUUAAUGAAGAGGAAGAUUUCUUGGUAUUCUUUGAAAAUUCCACCCAAUUAAACGAAGACGACAAGUCAGAAAAAGAUCAGGAAUGUGAUGAGUCAGCAGUUGCUGACUCUCCUCAAUCUUCAAACUCAGCUAGUACAGAAGAGGAAACAGAAAUAAUUGUCUUUGAAGCAAGAGACGUAAAAGAUAAGAAUGUACCAAAUGAAAAGACUGAGGCGAAAACGGAGAGUGGUAAAGAUAAGGAACAGCAGAACUCUGAAAAAACUGAAUCCAGUGAUAAUGAUGAUGAUAAUUCUGAAAGUUCUUCAAAAAAUUCAAGUUAUCUCACUACAAGUGACCAACGAAGCAAUGAGGAGGCUGGCAGUUCUUUGAAAGAGUCUGAUGGUGCAUCAAAAGAAUCAGAUUCAGGUUCUAAGGAAUCUGACAAUGGUAGCGGAGAAGAAAGUAAGCCUACUUUGAUGGAGAAAGCUGAUUAUAAUUGUUUCUCUGAAUUAUUUGUUCCAUUAUCACUCCGGGUACCAAAGAGGGAGACUGAUAAUCGGCCCUCAAAACAGCCACAUUGGCUCAUGAAGGCAGAUUUCAAUGAGAAUAUUAAGAUGGGCUACCAUAUUUCAUCAAAAGAGUUGGACAGCAUUCUGGAGUCAGAUAGCCGAAGAAUGGUAAAUCUGACGCAAUCAAGCAUGGUACAUGAACAGUUGCAAACGUUGUUAGGAGAAAUUGAAGACACUAACUCACUUGAUGCUGAAACUACUGCUGCUACGUAUGAUUAUAGUGAGAGUGAGAAAUUAAUGGACACUGUUCCUUCUACUCCCACCUCUACUACUGCCAUCACUUUUUCAACCAUCGGUUCUGCCACUACCACCUCUGCAACCACCUCAGCUGGCAUCACCUCUGCUACUACAACUACAACAAAUUGUUUAACAGAGAAUCAAGAAAUGGCGUGUUCCCCCUCAGAAUCAUUAUCACCUGUUAAUUUAUCUCUUGCGCCAACUAAAACUGAUGAUGUAACAAUGUCCCCAGUGGACCAAAAUGACUUGAAUGCUAAUAGUUCUUCCACUGAGAAUAUAACCACUAACAAAGACAAUAACUCUGAAUCUCAAAGUGAUGAGACUACAGAUGAUGUUCUCAUGCCACUAGCUUCUUCGCCAUCGUCGUCAUCAUCUUAUUCAUUACAUUCACCAUCCAAUAUUGUAAAUUCACGAGUAUCAUCAUCAUAUGCUAUACCCAUGAUAGUGAACUCUUCAGAAAUGCCAUCACCAGACAAUAAAUUUGUUUCUCAACUAGAACAAAAGGCAGCAAAUAAUUGCCGAAAUGUAGACGUUUUUGAUAAGCUUUUCCUUUCGACGGUGACAGAGGAGGAUGAUUUUAUUUAAGAUUUUCCUAAUUCAGUUAUGACCAGUCUCCAUUGAAAAUUAUACAAGCACAUGAAAUCCAUGGUCAAAAGUGCUCAUUAUUUGUAAACAAUUUCACCAGUCUGGCCUUUCCAAAAGAAGAAAUUGAGGCUGAUGAUGCAGUUGAUCCCUUCCAUCUUUCUUGAAUUCAAUCAUGUUGUAUUAUUGAUUUUAUUUUUUGUAAACAGUGGUUUGCGUUCCAUAUAUAUAUAUCAAUAGCAUUUACUGGUGUAAAUAUGUUUGGUUUAUGCUAUUAAUUAGACACACUAAAAAAAAAAAAAAAAAUUGGAAAUCAUUAUCACGAAACGAAAAAAAAUAUCUGUCGUAGUUGUUAUUUAUUGAACAUUUGAAAAUAUUUUAUAACAACAACAAUGAUUCUGUUAUAGUUGGACUAACAACAAAAUGAAAUGACUGUUUCUUUUUAGUUUUUUUUCCAUUUGUCUUUGUUAUUAUUAUUUUUUUUUUGUUAUUGUUUUCAUCAGUAAGCUAAAGAAACAUACUGACUCAAAAAGAAAAUAUAAAUAUACGUCUAGUAUUUAAUUUUCAGCUGUGUAAUUCAUUAUCUGAAAUAUUUUAUUGCUUACUGUAAUUGUCUGAUAAUGAAUACAAGUAAUUUGCAACUGUCUACUUUUUAUUUGGACAAAAUGUACACUACAUGUGUUUGUGUAAGACUUAUGCUUGUUUUGUUGAGAAUGUUAAACGAGGUUUCAGUUAUGUGUCUAUUACAGAACCAACCAGCAGGGAAAAAUGGGCAUUAAUCCAACAAUAGUCCUAAAUUUUUUUAUUUUUAAGAGUUAAUCUGAAACUUUUUCAUAGGGAUAACUCUUUACUCAGUUAUGUUUAGUUUUCAUCUUGUAGAACUUGAGAAACUCUUAAAUUUCUUGAAGUCUCUAUUGUAAUUUCACUAACUAUAUCUAUACAGACUCUUAUUUAUUGCCUUUAAUUUAUUUAAAAUAAUUACAUCUAUUCUUUAUCUUUGUAAUUAUUAUAAAUAUGUAAAUUUUAAUUUGUCAUAAAUCCAUUAAACUUUUAUAUGUUAUUAACUUAUUGUUAGAACCAUAUUGGCAGCUGGAUCAUAAUGUCUGAACAUUCCACACAUUUGCUGGUAUUUCAUUGAAAAAAGUAAAAAUUACUUUACAAAUAGAAAUUAUAUUAAACUUCCAUUAUUUAUUGUCUAUGUAUUGUUCAACUUGUUUUGGUUGAGCAUGGCUCUUGGAGCUUUUAAUUCGUUCAGAAAUUUUAUCUCAGUUUGAAGUGAAGCACUUCUGUUUGAUAAAAUGUUGAAUUUUGUAAGAUAUUCAAGUAAGCACAUGGAAAACCUUGUACUUUGGAAUCUGUAAGCUUCUAUAAUGAGCUAUUUAAAUAAUAUCUCCUUAUUUCUUUCUUUCUUGCUUGUGAUUACCAGUUUUAUGUUACUAGGUAUCUAAGCUAGGUUAUACAUCUUGGCAAUCACAUUAAUAGAUGUAUUAGGUGUUAGUAUUAAAUCUUUGAUAAUUUCAUGUUUGUUGACUACUUUUGAAUUGACUUAUGAAAUGUCAUAGAGACAGGAAACCUCAAUUUGUGCUGUGUAUUUAAUAAUUCAGCUCUUUUCAGUUUGACAUCAUUGUUCACUUCUCCAUCUAAGAAGCAUGAAAUUGCUUGCUUCUAUCACUACAUACAUACAUCUGAAAGCUCUCCUUUGUUGCUGCUUCUUUGUAUUCUUCCUUUCUCUUCAAUUCUUCAUAGAAUAACAUAUUUAUCAAGAAUGAAAGGAUUAUCAUUUCCAUACAGUUACCAUUUCUCAUUAUUUGUUACACGUUAUGUAUUCAUCAUGAAAAUGAUUUUACAAUGGUAUUGAUUUACUUGUGAUACUAAAUAUGUAUAUGUGUGUGUGUGUGUUUAUACGUAGAUAAGUACAUGUGUGUAUUUAUUUUGCUCAAGCUAGUUUCUUGCUACUCUGAGUUUCACUUGUGAGUGCACAAUGUUUUCAGGCAAAUUACGACUUGUAACUUACCUGUAGAUCCUGUAAGGGACUGACACAGCCAAAAUAAAUUUCUCUACUAUUGUAUUCCAACAGUCUACACUAAAUGGGUAUAUAUAUAUAUAUAUAUAUAUGUAUAUGUAAUGAUAUAAGAGCUGUAAAGUAUAUAAACAUAUAUUUUGAAUAGUUCAAAUGUUACAGAUCAUUUGGAGUGUGUAUGUAUAUAUAUACACACACACUCACAAAAUAUCAGGGAAAAAAGAGUACUCCGUACCAUAGUCAAGUAUUUUUUUUUUAUUUUGGUCAAGUCAGUCUCGUUGCUAUUCUGAGUUUUGCCUCCGAGUGCACUGUCUUCAGGUAAGUUGCAGUCAUAAUUUGCUUGAAAACAUUGUGCACCACAGGUGAACUCAGAAUAGCAAGGGGACUGACUUAACCAAAAUAAAAUUAGUUAUAUAUAUAUAUAUAUAUAUAUUUAUUUAUCUACAUAAACACCCACCCACACAUGCAGAUACACAUACACAUAUCUGUAAUAUGUGUUAUGAAUUUAUAACCUUGGAUGAGGCAUGAAAUCUUUUUAUAAAAUGAAAGACUUACUUUUGUAAAAUAAAUUCCUUUAAAUUUCAACGUCUCUGAAUAUAAGAAGAGCUUAUUGAAGUAUUUAUGUAAAUAGCAUUUCUUUGUUCUAUUUAUUUAUCUCUAAAACAGAAACAUACAAGAGUAAGAAUUGUAUUUCUAUUCUUUACCCAGAAAUGUUGCACUCUUUCGUCUUUCACAAAAUUGGUAGAUUUUCCAACUUCUAUCUCCUUUCAUAAAGAGUUUUUCUUUUUAUUUUGAAUUUAAGUUCUUGUUUUGUUUACUUCCUGUCUUUUAUGCAUAGGAGAGUUUUUUUAAAAAAAACGAACACUAAACUUAAUUUAUUUUUGUUAUAAAAAAAUUCAUUGAAAGGAAUACUUAUUUUAUAUCUUUAGAAGUAAGCUAUUGCUGACUCUAAUGCCAUCAGUUUAAACAUAAACAUUCAUACAAUUUUCAUGGAAACCAAACAAAAAUUUAAACAUUUUUAUUGUUUUUGUGAAGUCAUUAUUCACUGCAAGUUUACUUAAUUCACUCCAUUAGGACAAUUUUGUAAUUAAAUCUGUUAAAAAGAAAAAAAAAUGACAUGAAAAUAAUGGAGAAGGUACAAGGCAUGUCAUAUUUUAUUUUAGUACGAUGUUGAAGGAGUAUAAAAGUUUGACGAAUGCAUGGGGUUGAAAAGUUGUAUAUAGAGUAUGGUAAUGUUCAUCUCUGCAAGCCACUUUCCUCCUUUGUUUCACAGUUGUUUUGUUAAGUAUCAUUAUGUAAAUUACAAAAUAAACAUAAAAUUAAGUUGAAACCU